GAAGAGGGGCCACGUCACAGUCUCCAGGCCCGGGGACCCGCGGCUCCGCCCCUCCCACCCCCGCCGGAGCGCUGGGCACGGAUCUAAGACUCACCGGCCCCAGCCCAGGGCCAGCCCAGUCGCCGCCGCCCGCCCACAAAGCCACAGGCAGGUGCAGGCGCUGCUUAGGGGCGAGCGGGCUGAGCGGAGCCGUUAGCGCGCGCCGUCCGUCCGUGCGUCCAAGCCGUCCGCGCGUCCGUCGAGGCAUCCCUCCGUCUGCGCGCGGCAGCUCCCACCCAGGCCCGGCGGCCACGGCCCGUCGUCUUCCCGCACCCUGAGCCGCCCGGCAGAGCCGGCCUUGGCGCGGCAGCCAUGUCCAUGGGCCUGGAGAUCACGGGCACCUCGCUGGCCGUGAUGGGCUGGCUGAGCACCAUCGUGUGCUGCGCGCUGCCCAUGUGGCGCGUGACGGCCUUCAUCGGCAGCAGCAUCAUCACGGCGCAGAUCACCUGGGAGGGCCUGUGGAUGAACUGCGUGGUGCAGAGCACCGGCCAGAUGCAGUGCAAGGUGUACGACUCGCUGCUGGCGCUGCCCCAGGACCUGCAGGCGGCCCGCGCCCUCAUCGUCGUCGCCAUCCUGCUGGCCGCCUUCGGGCUCCUCGUGGCGCUGGUGGGCGCCCAGUGCACCAACUGCGUGCAGGACGACACGGCCAAGGCCAAGAUCACCAUCGUGGCGGGAGUGCUCUUCCUGCUGGCCGCCUUGCUCACGCUGGUGCCGGUGUCCUGGUCGGCCAACACCAUCAUCCGGGACUUCUACAACCCCCUGGUGCCGGAGGCGCAGAAGCGUGAGAUGGGCGCGGGCCUGUACGUGGGCUGGGCGGCCGCGGCGCUGCAGCUGCUGGGGGGCGCGCUGCUCUGCUGCUCCUGCCCGCCGCGCGAGAAGAAGUACGCGCCCGCCAAGAUCGUCUACUCCGCGCCCCGCUCCGCCGGCCCGGGCACUAGCACAGCCUACGACCGCAAGGACUACGUCUGAGGGGCGGCCGCGGGGAGACCCCACCACCCCACGGACGAGAGCGCCCACCGGUGCUGCGUGCGGCCUCUCCUCGGAGACCAGCCCCCCCUCCCCCCAGGUGCCAGGAGCUCUCACACUGGACCGGGAGGGACCAACCCCGCGGCCCCUUCCUGGGCAGCACACCCCGCUCCCCGGCCCCACGGCGCGCGGGGGACCAGCCCACAUGGACAGUGAAACCUCAGCCCCUCCGGAGAGCGGGGCCGGGUGGCCGCCGCUACUUGCCCGCCCCGUCGGGCCUCGGUCCCAAAGCCCGCGUUGGGCAGGGACCGGCAGUCUUGGAAAGGGCCAGUUGAUAUUUUUCAAUAAAAGCCUUUCGUUUUUGCAGUU